AUGGGGUUGUUUAAAUCAUCAGACCAGGCCACACGGCCCAGGUUUGUGGAACUAAGGUCUUCAAAAUGGUUCAUCACAUUCGUCGUCUCCUUCGCCCUCGCCACAGAUAUCUUCAUGUAUGGUCUGAUUGUGCCAGUGACACCAACCGCGUUGAAAGAACGAGUUGGCGUCCCUCCUGAAAAAAUACAAGCAUGGACAUCAGUUCUUCUCGCUUUGUUCUCAGCAUCUAUGCUCGCUUUCUCCCCGAUUGUCGGAUACAUCACCGAUCGGGCUGAAUCACGGAAAUGGCCUUACCUUUUUGGUCUGACUGCACUGGCCGCAGCAACAGGCUUGCUAUGUGUCGGAUCAACUAUUGGAUUCUGGAUUGCUGGAAGGUUAUUCCAGGGAGCUGCGGGUGCAGUCGUUUGGAUUGUUGGGAUUGCGCUGAUGGCUGAUGCUGUUGGUCGAAAUGGCCUUGGCCAAGCUAUUGGGUACAUGUCGAUGGCUGCCAGUGUUGGAACACUUGCUGGACCGCUCCUUGGAGGUGUUCUUUAUGAGAAGUGCGGGUACUACUCUGUCUUCGGUCUUGCCUUUGGAUUGAUUGGGCUCGAUAUCUUGCUGCGAUUUAUGUUGAUUGAGAGGAAGGAUGCAAUCAAAUGGCUUGCGCCGGAAAUGAGGCCACUCGUGCCUGCGCCGGUUGAGACGGGAGCUCCGACGGACUCGCCUCCUAGAGGUGUCCUUGAGCGCAUGGGCUUCCUUAUAAGCUCGUCGCGUCUCAUGGCAGCCCUUUGGGGAAACUUCGUCGUUGCACUCUUUCUAUCUUCCUUCGACAGUGUCCUCCCGUUGUUCGUGCAAGGAGCGUUCCAGUGGCAGCAAAGUGGCCAGGGAUUGAUCUUCAUCCCACUUAUUGUUCCCCAUGUCUUUGAUCCGGUGACUGGGUAUAUCAUCGACAAGUUCCCACGAUCGGCUCGCUAUAUUACCGCCGGGGCGUUCUUCAUAAUGACGCCCCUACUCGUCCUUCUUCAACUUGUGACGGACAAUUCUAUGCAUGACAAGAUCGUACUAUGCGCUCUUCUUGGUGGCAUUGGCCUGUGUUUGUCUGUGGCAUUACCCCCUCUUGAUGUAGAGGUAUUCAAUAUUGUGGAGGAAAAGGAACGGCAGAGACCUGGUGCUUUCGGUGCUGGUGGAGCUACGGCGUUGGCUUUCGGCUUGACGAGUAUGGGAUUCUCUGCUGGCAAUCUUGUCGGACCCUUCUUUGCUGGCUUCAUUCGUCAGGAAGCUGGCUGGGGAACGAUGAGUUGGGCGUUGGGGUUGAUGGCUAUGGUGUCGGGUAUCCCGAUCUUGCUCUUCAUGGGCGGUUGGAUAUUGAGCGAGCCUGUAAAUUUGGAGGAUGAGGGUCCAGACUCAGUCACUGUUUCUGAACCAUGA